AUGGCCAACAUUCACGUUCAUUGUGACAAUUGCUAUCAGAAUUCAUGCAAUUUCAAAGAAUGCUUAUUGGUCGAUUGCCAACUUUGUCAUGUUCCGCUUCACACUUGCAAACUUAAAGAGCACCUGGCCGAUAUUUGCAGAAGGGCGAGUCUAUAGAUAUUUUCAGUCCGCCACAAUGAUAAUGACGUAAUUUAGGCUCAAGUUGCAUGUCCAAACUCUGGAAAUGGAUGCAAGCUCUUAUUGAUCCGAGAAAAGAUUCCUCAUCAUUUACCGAAAUGUGUGGCCAGUGUAGUUGUAUGCUCCAGGUCAAUACUAGUAUUGAUUACGACAAAAAAUGAACGAUUUUUUGCAGAGAUCGUUGCCGAAAACUGAACGCGAAACCUUGUAAGAUACAAUUGAAGCAUAUGGGAAGACAGAGCCAAUUUGUCACAACCGAUAGUGAUCAUCUUGACGUGAACCUCGCAGUUUUCGACCAGAAUUUGAUAAUUGAAAGUUAUCACUCAUCCCGACCAAAAAGAGUGCGACAACGAGAUCCAGUUCAUCCGGCACAUCCACUUAUUCCUUUGAGGAAUAUGGUUACGAUUUUUCUUUUUAUAAUUUGCAAUUGACACUAUUUUUUUAGCCAUUUGACACAACUUCCCCAACAGAAGGAUUCGAUGAUAGUAGUGAGGAUGAAAUGAGAGAAAAGGUUCGUUCUUUGAGCUGAAAGUUGAAAGCAUGCGCUCUCCCUGCAAACUUGUUUUUCAGAGGGAAAAACUGAAGAAGUCUCGCAUGGUGUUUGCCAACUGUUACAUGUGUCAGAUUGACCCAUCAGUGCAGCAUUUGCACACUCUUGGCAACGGAAUGGAUAUUGAGAAGAUACGGAAAAGAAGGAUGACUCCACAUGUGAACGAUGUUUUCCACGAUCAGCUAAAUUUGAAGGUAGUUGGAUGAAAUGGAAAUAGAAAUAGAAAUGUGAGUAGUUUUAGGUGAGCAUUGCAGUCGAAAACGCUCCUGAAUCUGUGCUGAAAAGUGAGAACAUCCGCGAAAUCAAGAAAGGAGGCACUUUGUAUACAUUAAAGUCGGUUCUUUUUGUAUUCUAGUUGUACAUUCCCAUUCAGAUGUUUGAAAACAGUCCGUCGAGCGGAAUACGGCGAUCAUUGCUUGUCACAGCACACCCAAUCGGUUGAUCAGCUAAAUGAAAUGAUCCUGAGGUGCCGAAAUUUUGAUGUACAUACUUUCAUGUUCAACAAAACCUUUCAGAUGUCCAAACUGGUCGAGCGGUUGUGGUUUUACUGCUUCACGGAUCAAGCUGAAAUGCGGAGAAUUGAAGUGAGCAGCACUGACUAACUCAAGUUUUAAAAUAAUCAUUUUCAUCAGGUUUCUACCACAUUCGUCUACUAUCAGCCAUGAAAUCCCGACAAACACUUUGUCAGUAAUUGGCUCUUCAAAUCUUUCGUUGGAUAAUCUUCCACUUUGGGUUUACGAGCUUCUCGGAGCAUUCCUUCCAAGCUCAUCACUUUACAAUCUUUCACAGACCAACAAGUGAUUUUGAAUCUCUCUGAAUAUUCACAAAAAAUAUUUUAAUUUUCAGGAAACUGCGUGAAAUAGUGUUCCUCGGAUGCAACUCGCAUUGUUUUGUAGAACCCGUGUGGAAGAAAACUGAUGUGAAUGGGAAAUGGGAGCAAAACGGAUUUGUAUGUUUCAAGAUCAAUUCUAUUUACAGGCAGAUCAGGCAAAUUCAAAAUUUCCAGAUCUGGAAAGUCAGCUCAACUGAGCCACCUCCAAAACUGGAAUGGACAGUUCCAGUUGAGCUCUCUCAACAUCUUUCAAAGUGCUCUUAUUUCGAUCCGGUGACAUAUGAAGAAAAAAUGAUUCCAAUUUUUCCUCGAGAUUUGGAGUCGGAAAUAUGGAAAGGAUUUGAGAACGAGUUAUCGGAACGGUUGAUUCGAAAUGAGAUUCUCGCCCUUCAAGAAGAUCCAUAA